GGUUGUUCCUCUCGGUAUGCCCAGCCCUGCUGCCGGUGCUUAGUUGGAAGCCCGUCUUUCCCGGAAGUGGCCCGGGCCAGUCCUUCGGGGUCCCCAUUGCCCCGCUGCUGCUGAGGGCCCCGGGGGCGGCGGCGAUGGCGGAGGCGGCGCUGCUGCUGCUGCCAGAGGCAGCGGCUGAAUCGGACGCUCGGGAGAGGCUGGCCCUCUGGGAUCGGAGACCCGACACCACGGCGCCGCUGACCGACAGGCAGACGGACUCGGUGCUGGAGCUGAAGGCGGCGGCGGAGAACCUGCCCGUGCCGGCCGAGCUCCCAAUUGAAGACUUAUGCAAUUUAACGUCCCAGUCGCUGCCCAUUGCACAGACUUCAAUAGUACCUGAAUCUACAGAAGACAUUCUCUUGAAUGGUUUCAUUUCAUUAGAAAUGGAAGAAGAAAAAAUAGAAACGGCACAGCAGUUUUUCUCGUGGUUUGCAAAGCUACAAACUCAGAUGGAUCAGGAUGAAGAAACUAAAUAUAGACAGAUGAGGGAUUACUUGUCUGGGUUUCAGGAGCAGUGUGAUGCUAUAUUGAAUGAUGUAAACAGUGCUCUUCAGCAUCUGGAAUCAUUGCAGAAACAGUAUCUUUUUGUGUCCAAUAAGACAGGAACCCUACACGAAGCCUGUGAACAACUCCUAAAAGAACAGUCGGAACUUGUUGAUCUGGCUGAAAACAUUCAACAAAAGCUUUCCUAUUUCAAUGAAUUGGAAACUAUUAACACAAAAUUGAAUUCUCCUACAUUGUCUGUGAAUAGUGAAGGAUUUAUACCUAUGCUGGCCAAGUUAGAUGACUGUAUAACAUAUAUCUCAUGUCAUCCAAAUUUUAAAGAUUAUCCUGUAUAUUUACUGAAGUUUAGGCAAUGUCUUUCUAAAGCUUUGCACCUCAUGAAGACAUACACUGUGAACACACUACAGAACCUCACAAGUCAGUUAUUAAAAAGGGAUCCUUCAUCUGUACCUAAUGCAGACAAUGCUUUCACACUAUUUUAUGUGAAAUUUCGAACUGCUGCUCCCAAAGUCAGAACUCUUAUUGAACAAAUAGAACAGCGAUCUGAAAAAAUACCUGAAUACCAACAAUUGCUAAAUGACAUCCACCAGUGUUACCUUGAUCAGCGGGAGCUCCUUUUGGGGCCUAGUAUUACUUGUACUGUAACAGAGUUAACCAGCCAGAAUAACAGAGAUCAUUGUGCCUUGAUUCGCAGUGGCUGUGCCUUUAUGGUCCAUGUGUGCCAGGAUGAGCACCAACUUUACAAUGAAUUUUUCACAAAACCAACAUCAAAAUUAGAUGAACUUUUGGAGAAACUGUGUGUGUCAUUGUAUGAUGUCUUCAGGCCAUUGAUCAUUCAUGUUAUUCACUUAGAGACGCUCUCAGAACUUUGUGGGAUUCUUAAAAAUGAGGUGCUGGAAGAUCAUGUACAGAACAAUGCUGAACAACUAGGGGCAUUUGCAGCUGGAGUAAAGCAGAUGUUGGAAGAUGUACAAGAGCGGCUCGUCUACAGAACGCACAUCUACAUUCAGACAGACAUCAUUGGCUACAAGCCGGCUCCUGGAGAUCUGGCAUAUCCUGAUAAGUUAGUAAUGAUGGAGGAAAUUGCACAGAGUUUAAAAGAUGAACAGAAGAAGGUACCUUCAGAAGCUUCAUUCUCAGAUGUUCGGUUAGAAGAAACAGAGUCUAAUAAUCUGAAAAAAUCUGGUUCAACAGAAUCUCUCACUCCUAGACCACAGACCACAAUUUCUCCAGCAGAUCUUCAUGGAAUGUGGUAUCCUACAGUUCGACGAACUCUUGUCUGUCUCUCUAAAUUGUACAGAUGCAUAGAUAGGGCAGUGUUCCAAGGAUUAUCACAGGAAGCCUUGUCUGCCUGCAUUCAGUCGUUACUUGGAGCAUCAGAAUCUAUCAGCAAAAACAAGACUCAGAUUGAUGGACAACUUUUUUUAAUAAAGCAUCUGUUGAUUCUUCGUGAACAAAUUGCUCCAUUUCACACUGAAUUCACCAUUAAGGAAAUUUCCCUGGACCUCAAGAAAACUAGAGAUGCAGCAUUUAAAAUCUUGAACCCUAUGACUGUUCCAAGAUUUUUUAGGCUGAAUAGCAACAACGCCUUAAUAGAGUUCUUGUUGGAGGGCACUCCUGAGAUAAGAGAACAUUAUCUUGACUCUAAAAAAGAUGUAGACCGUCAUCUGAAAUCGGCCUGUGAACAGUUCAUUCAACAGCAGACCAAGCAGUUUGUAGAGCAGCUGGAGGAGUUCAUGACAAAGGUUUCAGCAUUAAAAACAAUGGCCAGUCAGGGAGGACCCAAGUACACUCUCUCACAGCAGCCAUGGGCACAACCAGCAAAGGUUAGUGACCUUGUGGCAAGCGUCUACAAGACCAUAAAAGCAAAGCUGCCUCUGACCUUGAGAAGUAUGUCAUUGUACCUAUCCAAUAAAGAUACCGAGUUCAUCUUGUUUAAACCUGUUAGGAAUAAUGUUCAACAAGUCUUCCAGAAGCUCCAUGUUUUGUUAAAGGAAGAGUUCAGUCCUGAAGAUAUCCACAUCAUUGCUUGUCCUACUAUGGAACAGGAAUCCAACCUGUGACCUUCAGUGCACCGGACAACACUCCAACCAAUUGAGCCAUACUGGCCAGCUGAACCUCUUACUAUCAGUUUCUAAAUAACCAGAUGAGUCCGGAUGUGCUUGUAAAUGGUCUGUCCAGGAGCGGCUGAGAGUCAUGUGGCUGCAGGACACUUGAGGAACCGUACGUGGGAAUGUCUCUGAGAACCACACAGCGUGCUACUUGUCGCUGACUGCAGGAUGAAAUACAAGCAGAGGGUUAAAAAAUUGGUGUUCCCUUGUAAAAACAUCAAAUGCCAAAGACUAAUCUAUGAGCAGCAGUACCUGCCUCAUUUAAAUGGUCUCAAGAAAUGUAAGUUUUUAAGAGGUAACCAUGGUGGGCACGCAGUGAAAUGGUUCUUAGCAAAAGAUGUGCAAUGAAAAUAGGUUGCAAUAGAUAGUGCAGAGAAGAACUUUAUGGAAAUACUGCUAAUUAGGAAGCUUCUAAGAGUAAGAUUUUUAAAGCAUGAAACACUGCAACACUUUUAACCAUUGAGCAUUCCACAGUGAUUAUUAUUUUUUUACUUCUAGAAAAGUUGUUUCUACAUUCAAUAUAAUGUUUCUCCGGUCACUUUGAAAUUUAGUUUGGAGUCAGUUGGAUGCUCCUGAGAACACAUGCUGCUUUUCUGGGAAUUCAGGGUGUUAUCUCCUGUGUCUAAAAAAAUAUAUUGUUGUUUUGUUAAUCCUCACCAGAGGAUAUUUUUUCCAUUGAUUUUUUUUUUUUUUUUUUUUAGAGAGGGUGGAAGGGAGGGGGGGAAGAGAGAAAGAGAGAGAGAGAGAAAGACAGACAGACAGACAGACAUUGGUAUGAGAAAGAUACAUUAUUGGUUUGCCUCCUGCAUGCUCCUGAAAUGGGGCUGGGAAACAAAUCUGCAACCCAGGUACAUGCCUUUGACCAGGAAUUGAAUGCAUGACCCUUUGGUGUGCAGCCGAUGCUCUGCUACUGAGCCACACCAGUAGGGCUAUAUUUUGGGAAGGUAAAAUAUCAUUAUUAUUAUUAUUAUUAUUAUUGAAUUUAUUGGGUUGACAUUGAUUAACAAAAUCAUACAGGUUUCAAGUGUACACCUCUAUUACAUCUGCACACUGCAUCGCGUGCUCACCACCCCAAAUCACGUCUCUUUCUGCCACCCUUUGCCCUCCCUUUGCCCUCUUCUACCUCCUCCCACCCUUUUUCCUGUGUUUUUGAUGUGUUAGUUUCAAGAGUCAGGGACCUCAGGGAAGGUCCCAGUGUCUGUAUUCUUGAACUGCAGGGGUUGCAGCCUGCUCAUGUGCAGUAUCUAGUGAGAAUUUUCAUGGCACAACAGCCAGUGUUUGUGCCUGGGAAGUACCAUAGGUGUGUGAACUCUGUACACACAGGAGAGAAGGAAACCUGAUGAAUAGUGUAUCUCAUACAUGCAGGUCAGGGUUACUAGCCUUCUGUACACUGCCUUCAGGUUUAGUAGUUCUUUAUAUUCAGUGGUUGUACCUGUAGCAAAUACACUUUACUAACAAAGACAAGGAGGAUGAAGAUGGCCCACCCUUAGCAUCUACCACACUAUAUCAGGGAUCAUCAAAUACAUUAUGCACGUCUAUGAAUUUUCCUACGAAUACCUAUUUCCUGAGUGGGUUGGUUUUGCCUCUGACAGUCAAUGCAGCCUGCUUUUUGGAUUGGAAGGAAUUUUGAGCAUUCACACACUAGCCUAGAGAUGGAGCACUGAUGGGUGUUCUGGAAUGUGGCCUGCAGACCUCAUUCUGUGUGACUAGCAGACUUUCUCAUCCCCUUAAAGCAGGCGCCCACAGUGUGUAGGUAGGCUACAUGCCUGUCAUUUUAAACAGGCCACUUGUUUUUCAACUCAGUUUAAGUUAGUGAUGGAUGUUGCUUGAUAGGGCUGUAUUUUGGGAAGGUAAAGAAGAUCCAUAUUCAUUCUUUGACAUGAAUGAAAUAGGAAGGUUGAAUUUACUUCCAUUUACUAUUUAAAAUACAUGUUUAAUGAAAUAAACUGUAAAAACCCAGUUUUGUGUAUUAUGUUGUAUAUUUGAUUUUUAAAAAGCCUUUCCAAAGAAAUAAGGGCAUAAUUAAUGUACUAUACUAUGAUUGAUGUAAUUUGAUGUACAGAGCAGUGUGUGUUCUUAAGGAUCAAAAUAUUUCACAGCACUUGUUCUUGCGUUGAAUCUUUUAUUCUGAGACAAACACCUUAUAAAGUGCUGAGUAGGUGAUAGUGGUCCAACUUGUUUGCUAAAUGAAUAUUUGUUUAAAUCUGUACAGUUUCAAGUAUUUACUUAUACAAAGGGUGUACAUACUUUCAAAUAAUUAAUUUAAAAGGCUUUAUAUUAUUUGGCUAGAAAUUGCUGUUUUUAAGAAAUGUAAAUUUUUAAAAAAAUAAAGAUUUUUGCUUCCUAA